CACUCGUUUGCCGCCAUUUUUUCUAAAACGUCAACACAUUUAUUAAUGUUCAUUUGCUGUCAAAGAAAAUAGUUUGCUGAUUGUUUUUUUUCGAUUUUUCACUUGAAAAUUUUUGCAUUUCCCUCUCAAAUUGUAUCAUAGAAAAAUGUCUGGUGUAGAGGACGUGUUUAAAGGUGUCGCUGACCCAAUGUUUGUAGGAGGCAUUAAAUGUGAUUUGAACCUACAAACGCUUGAGGUUGAACAGUGUGUUCUGAAGAUGCACGCUUCAAUGCAUGCUUGGCAACAGCAAUCGUUUCGCCACGUCCGAUUCAUUGUGCAGAUAGUGAUAGACGAAAUAAAACAAAUCGUAAAAAAUGGCCUCUUCGUGCAAUUACUUAAGAAGGAAGGAUUUACGUGUAAAAUGGAUUCCCCGAUUCUUCUUGUUGCGUACAAAGAAUUGGAAUCACCGCCGGUCAUUAACCAUGCAAUAGUCGACAAUGUUGAACAUCAGCCGACUUCGAUUUUAAUCUACAGGUUGAAGAACAAACCACAUCCACUGAACGUCCUGAAAUCGUACGGCCAGACGAUUCAAGUUCACCCGACAGUACUGGUGCCACCUGGGGAAGUAAUACCAUCACUGAAUCUGGUAGCAUCGUUGAUAGUAGACAGUCGGAAUUUUCAGGAAUUUCGGGAUUGUCGUCAGUGACCAUUCCACAUAUUUUGGGAUCGGUUGAUUUUUCGGAAUUGUUCGAUGGCAGCGCUGCUGGUGAUAGCGGUGAUGGUGACAACAUCGAAUGACACCGUCAUCAUGAAAAAAAAAAAUUUACCUGCGUUCACAUAGUAAAUUGGAAAAGUUACAUAAAAUAAUUUGGCUCGUUUGAUGAUCAUUUCCAAAAAUAGUAUUCAUCAGUGAUUCCAAUUGUCAGAACAGUAGUUUUGUGCUAUGAACUUACACCAUCGUUGAUUCUAAAUGAAAAUAAAACUUGAAAAAAUAUUAAAUUUAAAUAGCGUUAAUUCAGAAUUACGCAAUGCCAUGCUCUAUUGAAUACCGAAAAAAAACUCCAAUAAAAAUAAACACUUUCUUGUAAUUAAGUGUUCUUUCACUCAAACCAGA